AUGGUAAACUUCAUUCUGAAUGAAGCUAAAGACAAGGCGGAAGAGAUAGAAUCCACUGCAGUGGAGGAUUUCAAUGUCCAGAAAAUGACACUUUUUCAGCAGAAGAAGGAUGAGAUUAGAGCCAAGUUGACAAAAAAAAUAAAUGGUCUAAAGCUUGAAAAAAUAAGGACCUAUAAUGCCGCAUCAAGGGAGAUACAUGAUCGUGUAUUGCGGCAUAAAUGCUCCAUAAUCGACAACAUAAAGAGUGACGCGUUGCAAAAAAUAAAGGAGCAAAUAAGUGUAGCCGACGAGUACAAACGUAUAAUCGUGCUCCUUAUUAUUAAAGGUUUAAUGUCUUUGGCCUGCAAUGACGUAUUGGUCAGGUGUAGAAAAGAGGAUGUUACUAUCGUCAAAAGCUCUAUUGGUGACGCAAAGUUGCGCUUUGCCACUCUGGUACGCGAGUCCGUGGGUGCUAAGUUAGAGCUCACCGCAGAGGUUGAUACUAAUACAUAUUUGUCAAGUGAUAACAUUGGCGUGGUGGUAACUACUAGCGACGGAAAGGUUGAGUGCGAUUGUACUCUGAAUUCAAGACUUGAUAUAUGUUGUGAAAAACUCAUUCCGAAGUUUAAGACAGCAUUAUUCAAACGAUAA